AUGUGGCCACUACCCCCGAGCUUCAGGCUGCUGCGGACGCCACCUUCCUCCACAACCGCCGUGAACCGCAAAGCCGACCAUGACGUUGCUGUGCUCAACCACGAAUUUGCAUCAUCGGAGCGUACCACCCGCCUAGAGCUGAUUGCGGAGUACAACACCUCCAUGGCGACUUACAUCCCCAACAGCAUCGCCUGGGCCGCUGCCGACAACCGCGCCUGCACCAUCCUCCUCGGUGCGCUCCCCGACGCCCUCAUGCGCCGCUUCCAAGCUCGUGAGAUGCAAGCUUACCUGAUUUGGACCGAGCUCCGGUCUAUGUUCGAGCGCCGCAACAUCAGCUAUGUCGCCGUUCCCUUCCAGGAGUACUUCUCCAUUACCCUCGCCACCUGCGACGGCGCAGUCGACUGUGUGGGGCACAUGCAGGAGGUAGCCGAUCGCCUUGCCACUCGCCAGGCUGCCCUUUCUGAGCCCCUGCAGAUUCAUCGUCUGCUCUUCAACCUCACGCCGGACUACGAGUCCCGCCUGCACGCCUUCACCAGGGCAAACCCCUUGGCUGGCCUCACCGAGGUGACUCAGUGGAUCAUUGACACGGAGGUCAAGCUCCGCACCCCCAUUGUCAACCUCACCACCACUCAUCCCUCAUCCACCUCCCUCAAUGCCAUGCAGCCGUGCAACCAGGGUGGUCGCAACGGCGGCGGAGGGGGUCGUGGAGGGGGCGGAGGUGGUGGUGGUGGUCGGGGUGGUGGCGGUGGUGGCCGUGGUGGCCGCGGUGGUGGUGGUGGUGGUGGUGGUGGUGGUGGUGGUGGUGGUGGUGGUGGUGGUGGUGGUGGUGGUGGUGGUGGUGGUGGUGGUGGUGGUGGUGGUGGUGGUGGUGGUGGUGGUGGUGGUGGUCCUGGUGGUACCACUCUUGGAGGUUCCUCUGGUGCCGGUGGAGCUCUGCAGCAGUUUCAGCAGCACCAGCAGCAGUAG